AUGAAGAUCACACAGCACCUUGCUAUCGCCGGUGUCCUUGCUGCCACCGGCGCCAACGCGGCCACUCACAUCGUCAAGGCAGUCGCGAAACCAUCAUUUGCCUUCCAACCCAACACCGUCAACGCCAAAGUUGGAGAUUAUAUCGAGUUCCACUUUGGUCCUGCGAACCACAGCGUCGCCCAGGGAACCUUUCACAAAGCCUGUCAGCCCUCCAGUCAGGACGGCUUCUUCUCUGGCUACCUCCCCGUCGCUGAGGGUGAGAAUGAGAAAGUAUUCAAGAUCCUGGUUGAGAACGACUCCCCAUUCGUCUUCUACUGCACACAAGGCCAGCAUUGCGCAUCCGGCAUGUACGGCGUAGUCAACCCUAAUAUGCAUGGAUCCCUUGAAACCUACAAGAGCCUCGUCUCAGCCCUCGAAGACAAGAAGGGCAAGGAGCCGCAGAGGGCCGCUCCGUUUGGCGGCGCCCUCAUUGACAACCCGAGCCUCUCCAACACCAACACCAACACCGAUGACUCUAGCACGGAGAUUAAUACGGCAACUAGUCGGGGUCAAAGUCAAACAGCAUCGGCUACCUCAGCGACUCUCACCCGUGCCGCGAGUACUACUUUCAUUCCCAUCAAUGGGGGACAGGGACAGGCCACGGGGGCGGUCACGAACCCGUCCGCGACCAGCAUUCCUCAGGCCGCCGGCGGGAAGGUCCGAACGCCGGUGGGCAUCCUGCUCGGAGCUGUCGGGCUCGCAAUGCUCGGGAUCUGA